AUAUCGUUCAACGGACUUUUAAUGUUUGUUACGUCAAAUGAUGGGAGGCGUGGCUUGGCCGGUGAACGUCACUGCGGUUCCAUGAAUCACCGUAGGACCAUAAAUCUCCAACACUGUUGAACAACCGGUCAUACCCAGAAAGCAGCCGGGUUUGGACGACAGGUAGUGAUGACCAACUAGACGUGUCGUUCCAGGUGACAGUGCACAGAGGCGACCUCAAAGCGAUAAAGAAGGGGAACAAGAGGAGCUAGAGAAGAAAACUUGUACUGUCCGUUUAUUAUUCUUGUCCAUGAUGCGGGACUCUGUCUUCAACUGCUGUGUUUCCCCAUCCCACCCCCCUGGAGGAGCAGAGGAGCAUCAUGAGCAUAGUAGCAGAGCUCAGGCCCAGCCCCCUAAUGAUAGGCGUUUCCUUAUAUUCUUUGACUUUGAUGAGACCCUUGUGGAUGAGUGCAGCGACGACUGUAUGGUUACCGCGGCGCCUGGUGGAGCCCUGCCCGGUUGGCUGAAGGACACGUACCGCCCUGGUCACUAUAAUGAGUACAUGCAGCGUGUGCUGGCCUUCCUCGCCGAACAGGGGGUCACGCCGGCAACCAUCAGAAGCACAGUGCAAAAGCUCCCUCCCUGCCCUGGCAUCCCAGCUUUAAUGCAAUUCUUGCUUUCCCAGCCGUCACGUGACUUUGAGGUCAUUUGUGUGUCUGACGCCAAUACCGUCUUUAUAGAGACGUGGCUGCAGCACUUGGGGUUCCUCCCACUGUUUCUACGCAUUUUCAGCAACCCAGCUCACUUUGAUGAUAAUGGGCAGCUGCAGCUUCGCCCCUUCCACUCCCACGACUGCCUGCGGUGCCCGGCGAACAUGUGCAAGGCGGUGGUGGUGAGACAGUACUUGGCCCAGCGCAUACGUGAGAGGGGUGGGCGACCCUAUCAGAAGGUUCUGUAUGUAGGUGAUGGUGCCAAUGAUUUCUGCCCAUCACUAACCCUAUCACCAGGUGAUAUUGCGUUCCCCCGUUGGGACUUCCCAAUGCACAAACUGAUCCGAGAGAUGGGGGAAGCCAAACCUGGAGAGUUUAAGGCCACUGUGGUGCCCUGGAAGAGUGGAGAGGAUGUCAUUAGCACACUAAAGAAGAUAUUAGAGAGGCCUUAAACUGAUGGCUUGAUAUCUAUGAAAGCUGCAUGCAUAUAUAUAUAUAU